AUGCCGAGAACGCUUGCGCAAUCAGUUCAACCCAGCAGUACCAUAUGCCGAGGCGCAAGCAAUUUAUCAUCUCAUGCUGCUUCACAGCCCAGCCAAGAUUGCAAAUACCUCCACACAUCUUGCUCUGAGGCCGCCAACCGCAGUCAAUUACGUAGCCACCACGGUGUCCAUUCCAUCCCAGAUCAAUUGAUCCAAAACCUCACGGCAAAUGCUCCGAACCAGCCGAUCGGACACCCAACUCCUUGCACUAGUACAGGGGUCUCCAGCUUGGCUUUCUGGACCUUAUCGCGGGUGCGUGCCGGGCCAGAUCGGGUUUUUAUGGAUGCCAAGCAAACGAGUGUGUUGCCUUUGAUGUUGUACCUUGGCAACGUGGUAGAUUGGUGUCUGGUGUGGCAUAUGGAAUACAGCAUCUCAUGGACAAUUGAUUGUUGA